AAAAGAACAACAACAACAACCCACAAAUCUACUCUCACUUCUCUUCAAAACCCAUAUUCUCAAUUUCUCAACAAAUCUCUACAUCUUGAGAAAACUACACAACAACAAAGGAAGAAGGAACAAAGAAGAAAUUUUUGGGGGUGGGGUGGUUUUUUUGGUUUCUUUUUUUCAUUUUUGAGUUCUUAAGAUGGAGUUAUUUCCAGCACAGCCAGAUUUGUCUCUCCAAAUUAGUCCUCCAAACACCAAUAAACCCUCUUCAUCUUGGAGAUCAAGAACAAGUAGUUCUUCUUCACAAGAAGAAGUUGAUUUGGGAUUUUGGAAUAAUCUUAGUUUGGAGUCUUCUUCUAAAUCUACUCCUAAACAUCAUCAUCCUCAUCAUCAUCAUCUUCAUCAUCUUCAUCCUCACUCUUGUUUUGAUCUCUCUCUCUCAAAUUUAACACAAAUUAACCAUCACCAAUACCCAAAUAUUUCUCCUAAUCCUACUCCUAAUCAUCAUCUUCAUCAUCAUCGUUAUCCCGCUCUCGAUACGACCACGAACCUUUUCGAAACCCUAAACAAAACCCACCACCGACCGACCAUUUUCCACCACAGUACGCCGCCGUCGCUCGACGCACCACCACCGCCUCCUACACUCCCGUUCCCGGGGCAAACCAAUGGCCCAGACUUGGGAUUUUUACGACCCAUUAGAGGAAUUCCGGUGUACCAUCAAACGAAUAACCCCUCCGGCAGCACCGGCAGCGGUAGUGUUGUCACUCCCUCCGCCGGCCACGGCCAGAUUAUGAUGCGGUCGAGAUUCUUGUCUAGGUUUCCGGCCAAACGCAGCAUGAGAGCCCCUAGGAUGAGAUGGACUUCCACUCUUCAUGCUCGCUUUGUUCAUGCUGUUGAACUUCUUGGUGGCCAUGAAAGAGCUACGCCGAAGUCGGUUCUCGAGCUUAUGGAUGUCAAAGAUCUAACCUUAGCUCAUGUCAAAUCUCAUUUACAGAUGUACCGUACAGUGAAGACUACAGACAGAGCAGCAGCUUCUUCAGGCCAAUCAGAUUUAUAUGAAAAUGCUUCAUCUGGGGACACAAGCAAUAUUGAAGAUAUAAUAUUUGACAUUCAAAAACCAGCCAUGGGAAGACAAAAUGAGAACUCAAUUCCACAAACAACAAGGCAAAACCCUCACCAAGAUAAGGAUUAUCAUGCCCUUUGGAGCAAUUCUUCAAGGGAAGCUUGGUUGCAUGGUUUACCAAAUGAUUCUUCUAGGGACCUUUCUUCAUCGCUCGAGAAUGAUAUGGAUCCAAAGUGCUCAAACAAUGAGAGACUAUCAGAAAUAAGCUCAUCAACAAAUCUUUGUGGAGUGACAAAUAAUCCUCAGAAGCCUAAUCUAGAAUUCACAUUAGGAAGGUCAAUUUGAUGAACACAAAACAUUUGCUUAAGUUUCUACUCAUUUUGAGAUAUGAACAGAAAUUGAAAUUGAAGUAAAAAUUGGGAGCCUCAUGGGGAAAAAAAAAGAAAAAAGAAAAAAAAUGGUUUUAAAGAAAAGAGAAAAGAAAGACAAGGAGACAAGAAAGAUAUAAGGAAAGCAAGAAAAGCAGGUCCUAAUUCUUAUCAACCUUUGAGGUCCCAAAUCAUCUUAUUUUUAUUUAAGCAAAAUCAAAUUAAUAUAUAUAUAUAUGAAUCUAAUUGAUUUUUGUUUGUUUUGCACUCAAAAGAGUGAAAGUGUGAGAAAGUGAGAGAGAGAUUAACUGCCAACAAAAGAAGUAAAUGAAAAAGCUUUGGCAAUUGUAAUGAAUGAAUCAACUUUUACAUUUAUGAAUGAUUAUAUUUUGUUUUA